AAAAACGAAACUGAUCACUUUACUCGCAUACUCUCAAUAAUGUUUUGACGUGUUUGUAAUAAUUCUAAUCUAUUUUAUCUGUAUUUGUGAUACCAGCUAAGUGACUUUAAGAAAAAUCACAAUUUGUCACGGACGGAUGAGAUGACGGUACGAAUUUUACUCUAUAUUUUGACGUUCGCGUGAGCGUACAGACUGGAAAGAGAGCACUAUUACAGUAAGUAUCAUAUAACAUGUAGUAUCUUCUAGCUAUUCUCUCGAGUAAGAAAUCCUGCGAGACAUAUAACAGACAUCAAGUUAUCGAAUUAAAACCCACUACACUAAUGCCAAAGUAUUCCUCUACACAGGUUUGCUAUAAGUAACUUUUUCAGUUUCAGUGCAUUUACCCAGCAAUCACGAGUAAAUCUUAUUAUUGACCGCAAAACUGACAAAUAAUCAUCAUGAUUAAUGGCUGUUUAGAGGAAGAGGAGGGGCAGAUGAUUCAUCAGAAGAGUUGAAAAGCAAGUCAGGAGAUGUUUGUCUCUUAGAUACUCAAAUUAACAUUUAGUGAUGUUUUGGAGAGUAGACAGUACCAGGUCUGAGGAAUCUGCUUUCUCCCUUUAUGGAUUUGUGAAAAUAUUUCCUUUCCUCAAGCUAUGGAAAAACAAAGACAGAAAAGACAAAAUCAUAUGUCCUUUGUGUCGUGUUACCUCUGGUAGGAUGAUCAAAAGUCAAGAGCAGGAUGAAUUCUUUGCUGUGAGAGUUCAGGAUCCUCGCGUUCAAAACGAAGGGUCAUGGAUCUCAUAUGUGGACUUCAGAAUUUUCCUUCAUACAAACAGCAAAGCAUUCACUGCCAAAACGUCCUGUGUGAGGCGGCGAUACAGCGAGUUUGUGUGGCUGAAGAAAAAACUGCAAAAGAAUGCUGGUUUGGUGCCUGUUCCUGAUCUGCCCAAAAAGUCUUUCUUUUCAUUUAUUAAUGAUGAAUUCAUUGAAAGGAGGAGAAAAGGUCUUCAGAGCUUCUUGAACAAAGUGCUGCACAUGACCGUAUGUCUGUCAGAUAGCCAGCUCCAUCUUUUCCUGCAGACUCAGCUUCCUGUCAAGCACAUUGAGGACUGUGUGCAGGGUCACACCCCUUACACUGUGACAGAAGCCAUUCUGACUUACGCUUCCUCUAACCGUGGCUGGGUGCAGGAGGAAGGGGGCGGGGCCCAAGAAUUAUGGCCUACCCAUGUUCCAUAUGAAUCUGUAGAGAGCCCUGCUCCUCACCUCCCUUCAUUUCAAAAUCCUGGAGCCACAUCCAGCGGACCUUUAAAUGAACUUACAGUUGUUUCAGACUCCGAGUCGAGACCAAGUGAUGCAGAACAGACUGCACUUGACCUGAAGAAGGGAAUUGGCCAUGAGCAGCUGCCUCAAGAGGGGGAGAGUUACAUUACAUUAGUAGUUGAAGUGCACCCGAACCGUGUUUGCAUUGAAACUAAGGAAGAGGAUGAACACAUUGGAUCAAAAGAAACGCAAAGGCUUGAUAGCAAUGCCAAAGAUCUACAAAAUGAUGACUGUGACUGUCUUGCUCCACAGAUAGAUGGACUCAUUGAAGACAAGAUUCAGCAUGGAGAUGCAUGCAAUGAAGAAGAUCUUGAUCAAGAGAGGACUGUUGUCGAAGAUGCACUAGACGUUACCUCAAUAGAUGGAGUCAUCGAGAAAAAGAUUCUUGAUGAUUUCAAUGAAGUGAAGAAGGAAAUUCAAGAUGUCGGACCUGAACAGGACAGCGAUGUGAGACAAGCCUCUGACAAGGUCCUUCAUGAAGAAGAUCCAGGAGUAAGGAUCCAUAAUAAUGAAGUUACUAUAGAUCUCAGUGCUGUCGAGGAAGACGAUGUUGAGAAGGUACAUGAAACCACAGCUUCCACUUUUAAAGAUGUUGCACUCCAUGAUGCUUUUGAGGAGAACACACCAGAUAUUGAUGGUCAUGAUAAAGCUGGUAUAACAGAGGAACAUGCAACCCAGGAGAAUGGAGUCAGUGAUGAAGAUUGCAGCGAUGAUGCUGCUGUUCAGGAAGAGAAUGAAAUGCAUGUGGGGGAAGUGAACAAGUUCAAUGCAAAAUGUUUUCAGCCUAGCAGUGCCAUUUUGAUACUUGAAGGAAUUGAGGAAGCAGUGAGCACGCAAAUGGCCCUCGUGACAGAGACUGUCAGUAACCAUGAUGCAAAUACUGCUGAUGUCAACACCCUUGUUUUACACGCCAUAGAGAUUGAUACAAUUCAAUGUCACAAAAUGGACGGUCAUAUAAUCAUCACUACUCACCAACCAGAUACUAAUUAA